AUGGUCAAUUGGUCGGAUCCGGUCACCGUUCAGCAGCAGUUGUUUGCGACGGUAAAAGUCAAUCAUACGGUGGCUGGCGUAUACAUCUGGGAGGUAGCAUCGAGCAUCACUCACGAUAUCCGCUUGAUCACCCGCCAAAGGGAUGGGCGGUCGCUCUUGACCAAAUGGUGUUACCUCCUUUGCCGCUAUCUGUGUCUGGCUGCUAUAUGCAGCAUCUUGGUUGGUUUCAAUGUGACGACUGAGAUCAACUGCGAAGGCUGGCUGCUCUCUGUCUUCGUUCUUGGCUUCCUCGCGUUCGAGUUGGCCAGCAUUCUUGUUGCUAUCCGUGUUGUCGCGAUCUGGCAGCACUCACGGCCCGUCAUGGCUUUGAUAGGCGCUGCUCUCCUAACGCAGUUCGCCUUCAUCAUUUACGUCUCCUCGCAGGCGAACGCGCAUUGGGAUCCAGUCGGCAAAGGAUGCGCUUUCGAGGAUACUGAAGCCGCGCGCAAGUUUUACACCACUACGCUGGUCGUGGACACCUUCCUACUUGUGCUCAUGUUCGUCGGUCUUGCGCGUGUGCGAGACGCGCGGACGCACGGUCUGUGGAGGUUCCUCUGGGUCCAGGGCUUCAUGUGGGUUGUGCUGGUCAUGAUCGUUGAGAUCCCAUCGGUCACGCUGUUAUGGCUUAACCUCAAUCAGCCCAUGAAUGUGAUCUUCACAACACCCGAACUCGUAGCGCUCGUGAUCGCCGCAACGCGAAUGUACCGCUCCCUCUCAAACUACAGCGACUCGUACCGCCCGUCCGGAGUGACGACGCGCACGCGUGACGUUGAAUUACGCGAUCCGUUCAUGUUGCCUAUUGAGGUUACGGUGCAUAAGGAGCGGAGGCAGGAGGAGAGCAGGUUGCAGUUCGGGCAUAAUACGACGAUGGGGACGAGCACGCUCGAUAGCAAGUUUGCUGUGGGAGGGGAUGCGGAUUCGGCGUGA